AUGAAUCAAAUCAAAUCAAAUCAAAUCAAAUCAAAUCAAAUCAAAUCAAAUCAAAUCAAAUCAAAUCAAAUCAAAUCAAAUCAAAUCAAAUCAAAUCAAAUCAAAUCAAAUCAAAUCAAAUCACCUAACAAGAUAAGAUAA